AUGAGCUUGUUUGUCGCUGGCUUGGGUCGUGCAUCAAGCAAAAAGGGAAGAGUUGUAACAUUUAUCGGUGAUAUGGACGUAUCCAAAUUUAAGGUUUAUAUGCAGAAAGUUGAAGAGGAGAAGCUAAGAGAAGCGUAUAAAUCAAGAAAGCUUAGACUAGUAAUGAGUCGAGGUAGCAGAAGGAUGGUUUCGAAUCGGUCACAGUUCAAGAAACAAAUGGGCCCUGCACCAUCAUUGUCUAGUGCUCGUGCACCUAGAAAUAAAGUUGCUCCACCAAACAAGGAUGCACAUAGAGGUGCAACUUCUAUUACUGGAGGAGGGGAAAACCGCAUCUAUGCAAUCACUAGACUCCAAGAACAAGAGAACCAUCUAGAUGUUGUCAUUGGCUUGGGUCGUGCAUCAAGCAAAGAGGGGAGAGUUGAAACAUUGAUCAGUGAUAUGGACGUCUCCAAAAUGAAGGUUUAUGUGUAUAAACUGGAAGAGGAGAAGCUGAGAGACAGAGAAGAGUAUAAAAUCAAGAAAGCUUAG